AUGGCCUCAAGACUGGUACCCUUUGCCUGCCGAAUUGCCCCACGCGCUUCGCGACCGUUCCAGAGGGCUCAAUGGCGGGCCUUCAGCGUCUCGCGCCCCGCGUGGAAUGAGAGCGGCUCGCUCAACGUCCACCGCGACACGCCAGAGAACAACCCCAAGAUUCCCUUCAAAUUCACGGCGCAAAAUGAGGAGCUCAUCAAGGAAAUCGUCUCGCGGUACCCCUCGCAAUACAAGAAGGCAGCCGUCAUGCCGCUUCUCGACCUCGGUCAGCGCCAGCACGGAUUCUGCAGCAUCAGCGUCAUGAAUGAGGUUGCGCGGAUACUCGAAAUGCCGCCCAUGCGUGUAUACGAAGUUGCCACUUUCUAUACAAUGUACAACCGGGAUCCCGUGGGCAAGUACCACGUCCAGGUCUGCACAACUACUCCCUGUAUGCUCUGUGACAGUGAUGCCGUCAUGAAGGCUUGCGAAGACACAUUGGGUGUCCACCACGGCGAGACUACCCCAGACGGCCUCUUCACAUUUACAGAGGUGGAAUGCCUUGGUGCAUGUGCGAAUGCCCCCAUGGUUCAGAUCAACGACGACUACUAUGAGGACCUUACAUACGACUCGACUGUCAAGCUCCUCAAGGCCCUGAAGCACUCCGCCCAAGCGACAGGUGCUCAGUCCGGUGAGCUGCCAUCGCCAGGUCCAUUGAGCGGACGACAGUCGUGCGAGCCCGCCGGUGGCUUGACCUGCCUGACCAGCGAGCCAUGGGGCAAUGAGACUCUGAGGAAGGACGGUGCUUUGUAA